AAGUCAAGAAUAAAAGAGUAUCACGCUCUCCCUUUAUUCAUUCCAUGCACAUUAAUUUAUUAAUUAUAUAUGUAACUCUCUCCAUCGAUCAGAAUUCAUUCAGAGAAGUGAGAGUUAAAGAUGGAAGGGAUAGAGCACCAAACACUGAACGUGAAUGGCAUAAACAUGCACAUAGCCGAGAAGGGUGAAGGCCCAUUGAUCCUCUUCAUCCAUGGCUUCCCCGACCUAUGGUACUCCUGGCGCCACCAGAUCACAGCUCUUGCCUCCCUAGGUUACCGCUGCGUGGCGCCGGACCUUCGUGGGUACGGCGACACUGACGUGCCGGCCAACCCCACAGCCUACACCAGCCUCCACGUCGUCGGCGACCUCGUUGGGCUUCUCGACGCGAUCGUCGGCGACGAGGAGAAGGUGUUUGUGGUGGGUCAUGACUGGGGUGCAAUGACUGCAUGGUCUCUUUCCCUCUAUCGCCCCGAACGAAUCAGGGCUCUUGUUAACUUGAGCGUUGUUUUCACUCCCCGAAACCCCAAGAGAAAACCCCUUGACACUUUAAGAGCAGUGUACGGAAAUGACUACUAUAUCUGCAGAUUUCAGGUCUCAAAACAUGGUUUAAGUAGAAGUGAUGAAAAAAAGAUGCUUUUCUCUAGGGGCAAACCAUGGUUUGCAAAGUGGUUAUGUUGCUCAAGUGCAUUAUUGCAGGAGCCUGGGGAAAUAGAAGCUGAGUUUGCACAGAUCGGCACUGCAAGAGUUCUGAAGGAAUUCCUGACAUACCGCAACCCUGGUCCACUUUAUCUACCAAAGGGUAAAGCGUUUGCACAUCCAACUGAUUCUCCCAUAGCGUUGCCCUCAUGGCUAUCUGAAGAAGAAUGUGACUACUAUGCCAGUAAAUAUGACAAGACUGGCUUCACAGGGGGAUUGAACUACUACAGAAAUUUGGAUCUAAAUUGGGAGCUGACAGCAUCGUGGACUGGUGCUCAAGUGAAAGUUCCAGUUAAGUUUAUAGUGGGUGAUCUAGACCUGACCUAUAAUGCACCAGGAGCCAAGGAAUACAUUCACAAAGGUGGGUUCAAGAGAGAUGUGCCGCUUCUGGAGGAUGUGGUUGUUCUUGAAGGGGCUGGUCACUUUCUCCAUCAAGAAAGGCCUGAUGAAAUCAGCAACCACAUUUACGAUUUCUUUAAGAAAUUCUGAUAUGCCUAUGCUCAUGUUGGAUGUGUCUCCCUUUGUUCUUGGUUUCAUUGAACGGCCUUGUUCUUGCUGGCUGAGUGGCUGGGUCUGUAUUCUCAUAGUGGAUGUGCAUGCGUCCAUCGAAAACUCUUGCUGAGUGUGUUUUCUCAGUGUCUGCUCGUGUUUUUAUAUAAAUAAAUGUAAAAAGUGUGUAAAAAUCGUUUUACAAA